AUGGAUUACUUGGAUGGGAGAAAUGUCAUUCAUGCUGAUCACCUUCGCGCCCCGCCCGUCCUCGCGCCCGGCUCGCCUCGGCCCGCAGAGCUCGUCCCCUCCCCACCUUCCGACGUGUCGGACUGCAAGAACGGCCCCGAGUAUGCUUCGUUGUUCGCCAUCUCGGGCGCCUCGGCCGCCAUGGUCUUCAUAAGCGCCCUGGGCGCUGCCUAUGACACGGCCAAGGGCGGCACCGGCAUCGCGGCCAUGUGCGUCCUGCGGCUGGAGCUGAUCCUGAAGCCCCUCAUUCCAGUGGUCGCGGCUGGCAGCGUCGCCAUCUACGGCCUGGUGGUGACAGUCAUCGCCAACUCCCUGAAUGACGACGCCAGCCUCUACAGGAGCUUCCUCCCGCCGGGCGCCGACCGGAGCCCGGGCUGGAGCAGCGGCUUUGCUAUCCGCAUCGUGGGGGGCACCGCCCGGCAGCCCCGACACUUCGGGGGCGUGAUCCCUAUCCUCAUCUUCGCCGAGGAGCUCGGCCUCUACGACCUCAUCGUCGCCUUCCUCCUCUGCAGAGUAGCCCCUCUCGGAGACCACCCUUCCUAAUUCCAGAAGGAACAGCCUGACACACCCGCGCGGGGCCGCCGCCGCCCGUAGCUGGCCUUGUACAGUCGCAGCGUCCUGGCGCCCAUGUCUGUUGCCCCGGCCGUGUCCCCGCCGCCCCGUGUCGUAGACUUCUGGGCCCACUUGUGGCCCCUCCAGGCCCCGGGCACCUCACCCCCUAGAGUGCUCUGUGUAUGCAGAUGAUUUAGAGUUGUCAUUUCUCUUCACUGGAAGUUUAUUUAUAAAGAUCUGGCCUGUUCCCGCGUCUGCGGAGCGGCCCUUGUCUCCUAGCUA